GGGUGACGUCACACGGCGCGCGACCCCAGGCAGCAGAAACAGGAAGAGCUGCGCAGCAGCCCCUUUUAGCAGAAUUGGUGGGGAAGGUUGAGGGUCGUUGUGCGUCCAUGCAGGCCGGGAAGACUUUUCGCCGGAGGAGGGUGGACUCCGAGGAGGAAGAGGAGGAUGAGCAAGUGGCCGAGGAGGUUCGAUUAAAGCUGGAAGAAGCGAAGGAAGUACAGAGUUUAAGGAGGAGGCCAAACGGAGUCAGUGCUGCAGCCUUGCUUGUUGGAGAGAAGCUACAGGAAGAGACUAAUUUGGUGGACGACCCCUUUAAGAUUAAGUCGGGUGGAAUGGUGGACAUGAAGAAAUUGAAAGAGCGAGGCAAGGACAGGAUCAGUGAAGAAGAGGACCUCAACCUUGGCACCUCAUUUUCAGCCGAGACCAACAGAAGGGAUGAAGAUGCAGACAUGAUGAAGUACAUCGAAACUGAGCUGAAGAAGAGGAAAGGGAUUAUGGAGAACGAGGAGCAGAAAGUGAAGCAGAAGAAUGCAGAGGACUGUCUGUACGAGCUUCCAGAGAGCAUCCGUGUGUCUUCAGCCAAGAAGACGGAAGAGAUGCUGUCCAAUCAAAUGCUGAGUGGGAUCCCUGAGGUGGACCUUGGAAUUGAGGCCAAGAUAAAAAACAUAAUCUCGACCGAAGAGGCCAAGGCAAGAUUGCUGGCUGAGCAGCAGAACAAGAAGAAAGACAGCGAGACCUCCUUCGUCCCCACCAACAUGGCCGUGAAUUAUGUCCAGCACAACCGAUUUUAUCACGAAGAGCUGAAUGCUCCAGUAAGAAGAAAUAAAGAGGAACCGAAGGCUCGACCUCUGAGAGUGGGAGACACUGAGAGACCAGAAAUGGAAAAAUCUCCUCCGAACCGCAAGCGCCCGCCAAAUGAGAAAGCCACCGACGACUAUCACUAUGAAAAAUUUAAGAAGAUGAACAGGAGAUACUGAAGCCACCUUGUUUGGUUCUCCUACUCUGGACUGUCGUGAGGUUCCCCACUUCUGUUGGCCUGAGGAUGAAACGCAGAGGCGCUGUGAAAAGGGGCUAUUUCUCAUUCUCUGUCGAUGUUCCCUUUGCUUCCGCCCUGAAACUCCCCCUGCGUGAUAGUUACCAAUUCAUCCUCUUCAUGUUCAAAUGUAUUGCAUUUCCAGGGGUAAAGAUUUCUAUUUUAAGCAAA